CUAGUUGCGUCGCGUCGCAGUGUAGAAGGGUUGUGACGUUCACUGCAGGUUCAAACUCUGGCCGAGCAGGAAGAAGGAGUUGUGAUUGUUUUUUUUACAGCUCUAUUGACGCCUAUAGUUUAAUUUUUAAAUAUUGGGUGAAUUAAAUAACAUCUAAAUUUGUCAGAGCGAAAGGAUCCGACGCAAAGAUGUCUGUUGCCGGACUGAAGAAACAGUUUUAUAAAGCGAGUCAGAUGGUGAGUGAGAAGGUGGGAGGAGCAGAAGGAACCAAACUGGAUGAGGACUUCAAAGACUUGGAGAGGAAGGCUGACAUCACCAGUAAAGCCAUAUCAGAUGUGCUCUGCAAAACUACUGAAUACCUGCAGCCCAACCCAGCAUCGAGAGCGAGGCUGACCAUGGUGAAUACCAUGUCUAAGAUGCGUGGGCAGGUGAAGAGCCCAGGUUAUCCUCAGGCAGAGGGACUUCUGGGAGAGUGUAUGCUCAAAUACGGCCGAGACUUGGGAGAGGACACCAACUUUGGUGGUGCUUUAGUGGAGAUGGGAGAGGCCAUGAAGAGACUGGCAGAAGUGAAAGACUCUCUAGACAUUGACGUCAAACAGAACUUCAUCGACCCUUUCCAAACUAUAAUCGACAAGGACCUGAAAGACAUACAGCAUCACCUGAAGAAACUCGAGGGCCGUCGACUGGAUUAUGACUACAAGAAGAAGCGUCAAGGGAAGAUUGCAGAUGAGGAGCUCAGGCUGGCGGUGGAAAAGUUCGAAGAGUCCAAAGAUGCAGCCGAAACCAGCAUGCAGAACCUUCUGGAUACUGACGUGGAGCAGGUGAGUCAGCUCGCAGCUCUGGUCGAAUCUCAGCUGCAGUUUCACAGACAGUCUAUGGAGGUCCUGGAGGAGCUGGCAGAGAGGAUGAGAGAAAGAGUAAACAAGGCCCAGUCUCAGCCGCGCCAGAAACGGGUGCCUGUGUCCAGACCCAGUUCUGAUAACUCGGAGCCGGAAGACUCCAACGGAGGCUGGAGUCCAUCAGCUGCGCCGCCCUCGUACUCAUCCGCAGCGGCCCCCGCCUUUAACAGGACAUCUUCACGCCAAAAACGUAAUUCAACAGAUCAGCCGUGCUGCAAGGCUUUGUACGACUUUGAACCAGAGAACGAAGGAGAGCUUGGCUUCUACGAGGGCGACGUCAUCACGCUGACCAAUCAGAUAGACGAGAACUGGUACGAGGGAAGCGUGCGCGGCCAGGCGGGAUUGUUCCCCUGUAACUAUGUCGAGGUGCUGGUGCCCCUGCGGCACUGAUCACACACACACAGAAAAGAGCAAGAGAAAGUCAAGGUGUCAGGUACAGACAGACAGGGAAAAGGGGAAAAUCUGUGACUUUUAUUUCACUAUGAGCACUUUGACCUCCUGAAAGAGAUACAGUAUGUAUCUGGUUUAUUAUUUGUUACUUAGGGUUGAGGUCCAGCUUUGUAGUUCAUCUUGGUAAAACACUACCAUUCCCUAAAGUACAAUAAACAUCAUUAAGAAGUGUGUCAAAGAUAAAUCCGUUUUGGGAGUGUUCAUUCUAGAGUCAAAUGGAUAUUAUUUUCAUAUCAGUUUCCUAUAAUGAUGUUACUAGCUUACAGAUGCUCUCAGCAGCAUCUUUACUGUAUAAGAAAUGUCUCUUGUUGGUAAUCACUGUCCUCUAGUGGCCACAUAUGAGCUGCCCGGUCAAUCUUGGCUCCGCUCUUUAUGACUGGCAAAAAAAAGCUCAGUGUGUUGGAAUAGAACUUAUUUUGCUUCAAAAUGCAUUUGUUAUGGUCAUGGUAAUUCAUUUGUAUCAUAUUAACUGAUCCUUUCCCAUUGGCUUUAGUUGAACUGAGUUUCUUUCAUUUCUCUUAAAGGGAUAGUUCACCCAAAAAUGAAAAUUCUGUCAUCAUUUACUCACCCUCAAGUUUUUCCAAAUCUGUAUGAAUUUCUUUGUUCUGAUGAACACAAAAAGUUAUUUUGAAGAUUAUUGUUAGCCAAACGGUCGUUGAACCCCACUGACUUCCAUAGUAUGGAGAGAGAAAGAAAAUACUGUAGAAGUCAAGAGUGCCCUAAAACUGUUCAUACAGGUUUGGAACAACUUGAGGGUGAGUAAAUGAUGACAGAAUUUUUUUUUGGCUGAACUAUCCCUUUAAAUGUUGUUGAGCUGUGCAUUAAUAAUUUGCUCAGCACUGAGUUUAAUGUAAUGUUAUGUUAAUGAUAAAAAGGGAGGUCAUUAAUAAAUUCAGAAAAACAAAACGGUGUCUUUGCAUGAGCAUUAAGAUAUCAAGGAUAUCUUAAUCAAGGAUCAAGGAUAUGUUCACCUAAAAAUAGAAAUUAAGUUUCAAUUUCUCACCCUCAUGUUGUUCUAAACACAUUGAGUUUCAUUAUAUUGAAAAGUCAUGUGGUUUUAGAAUGACGUGAGGGUCAGUAAAUAAUGACAGAGCUAUUCCUUUACAUCCUGCUUGCAAAUUCUAUUUUUAAAUGAGUAUGUAAAUGAGGUCAAUCCAGCUGUUUGAUAAACCAGAAGUACCAGUUUGUGCUUAUGUAGACAUUAGGUAAUCAUUUUUUCUUUUCUUUUCUUUUCUUCUUUUUUCUGCAUGAUUCCACCUGUUGCUCUUUUUUAUGGAAAAAGGAACCUUUACAAAUCCACUUCCUCACUGUACUCGUGAACUGUUGCGUCAUUGAUCUCUGUAGUAAGAGACAUACAACUAAAGCCUCAGAGUGUUACUGCUGUGGUUUAUAAAAUACCUCUGAUUACAGACAUUACAGCUCCACUGGGAUGUUGGGUUCUUGAAAAGGGAAAUUAUGUGCCUGAAGCGCUUUUUGUGAUUCUGUUUUUAAGCCCAGAUUGUUUGUCUUUUGGGUUUAUAUGGCUUUAAACUAUUUCCCUUGCUCAAAGAGGGAAUUCAGAAGUUCCCUUUAACCACUGACCCUGGUUCAGUUUCUGUCUCUCAGGAAAAGUUAAGUUUGCUUUAGUCCUAUACUGUACAGCUAAACUCAUUGGGACUUAUUCAUAUUAUUCAACAUUGGCAGAGCAAAUUUCUCUGUAAAAACAUUCUUGCUUAAAGUGUUGAAUUAAGAAUGAAUUUAUAAACAGUUAAUGCAAAUUUGUUCUGCUCGUGAGUGUUAUUGUCGCCGUGGAUAAACUGUACCAAGCGAAUGUUUACAUAUGUAUUUAAAGUUAUUGUCGAUUUUGUGUUAGUCUUUUCAUUACAAUAAUGAUCUUAUUAAACCAUUUGUAGAAUUAUUUGAUUUUGAAGAUGCAGUCUAUAAUCACU